CCAUUGUUAGUAGACGUUUGUUUUGCAAUAAUAAUAAUAUUAUUCGGAUUACUUAUUUUUAGAUAGAAUAAGUAAACAAGAAAACGCCUCAUAUGUUUUUGAUAUCUGUGUUAUCGAGUGUUUUGUAAGAAUCGACAAUUAAGCAAACUUAUUUUUUACACCGCAGAUAGUAUUAAAAUUUAGCCUUAUUGACAGCAAAAUACUGACAUUCUUGGAAAAUGCUAUGAAUCAGAUUUGUGAUGUCAUUGAUCUGUAAUGAUAUUUAGACGUAAACAAUGUACAAUUUCAAGUUCUACUUGUUAACAGAGAGUGAUAAAAUAAAAGUGAAGUAGAAUUUAAGCACUGACCAUAAUGUAAGAAAUCAUUUAUAAUGCCGCCCCUAUUAAGGAGUACAUUUUCACAUGAUUUUUGGACUGUGGGUGUUCAAGAUGGGGAGUCCGAAUCCGUUGAGCUCAAUGUGUGCAUGCCCACGGGGGUGCUCAUAUUGCUCAAUGUCAAUAGAAAUGCUACUCUACAAGAAGUCAAAGAGGAUUUAUGGGAGGAAGCAGUGGGAUAUCCAUUACACGCCAUGUUGCACGAUAUGUCGAUGUAUGUUUUCUCCUGCCUUACGGCAAUGGCCGAAACAGAUGAGCUACUGGACGAAAAUAAGAGAUUGUGUGAUGUUAGGCCAUUUUGCUGUAUUCUUAAAGUCAUUGAGAAGAAAAAUGACAAAGCUGAUAAAAAUUUAAAUAGUGCCAUUAGUAACUUAAUUGGCAAAGGUUUACAUGAAUUUGAUGCUUUAAAAAAUAUAGAAGUGAAUGAUUUUCGAUGGAAAAUGAGAUUACUAGGUGAAGAAGUGACAAAAGGCCACCAGCAAAGAAGUUGGAUUGAUAGGUUACGUUAUCAAUUCCCUCCACGAUUAGCUACUUCUGAUAAAAUUCCUCAAACAGUUUCAUCUAGGUUAAGAGAAGGUUCUUUUGUUCUCCUGACAAAAUUUGAAAAUAAUGAGAUAAGUUUUACAUUUAAUGUUCCAUAUACAAUCACACCACAUCUAUUACUGGUUUCUAUAUUAAACAAAAAAGCUAUCACUAUGAAUACCAAGGGAGAUCACCCAGCAGAAUAUAUAUUAAAAGUUUGCGGCCAAGAAGAAUAUCUUAUAGGAGAUUAUCCAUUAGUUCAAUUUAUGUAUAUACAAGAAGCUUUAGCAAAAGGUGCUAUUCCUACAAUAGUAACUAUGUCUGUACAUAGUUUGCCAUUUGCCACAGAUAAUAUAUAUGAGUGCCCAGAUGAUUUACGUUCUCGCUCUUCAUCUUCUACUUUAACUCUUAGAAAGAAAAAUAAACAUGUAUCAGCAUGGUCAAUUAAACAACCAUUUCAAAUAACGGUUUCAGCAAUAUGCAGACUGAACUGCGAUAAAGAUAAAGAGGUGGCAAUUCAGGUAGGAAUGUUUCAUGGUGGUAAAUCUUUAUGUGAACCUAAAAAGACUAGUACACGAAUUGUAGAAACAGAUGGGCCUGAAACAGGAACUUGUGAAUGGGAGCAAUCACUUAAGUUUGAUCUUGAGGUACGAAAUAUACCAAGAAUGGCCAAAUUGUGUUUUGCAAUUUUCGAAAUUUCUAAGUCAGCCAAAGGUCUCCGUUCUAGGAGGUUAAAGGACACAAACAAGGAAUUAUAUAUGAACCCAUUAGCAUGGGCAAAUACAAUGGUUUAUGAUUACAAAAAUCAGUUAAGAUCAGGCCCAGUAACUUUGUACAUGUGGACAGAAGCUGAAGAUUCACAAUCUGAAGACUUAUUGAGACCACUACAUACAGUUGCAUCAAAUCCUGAUGUAGAACAAUGUACAGCCUUAACUCUGUGCUUCCAUACAUAUUCAAAAGAGAAUACUGUGAUGUAUCCAACUAUGGAUGCUGCUUAUCGGUAUGCAGAAACAAUGCAACAAGAUGAGACUCGUUUAGCUCGAGAUCCAGCUGAUGUCAGUUCUGACAAAUUAGAGCAUUUAAAAGUUAUGGCACAAGGAGAUCCAUUUCAAGAUAUGCAUGAGCAGGAUAGAAAAGACAUUUGGGAACUGAGACGAUACUGCCAAUUGCAUGUACCAGGUUUACUUCCACGUUUAUUACAUUGUGUUGAAUGGAAUGAUCAUCGAGAUGUUGCAGAAGUUGGCUUAUUGUUACACAUGUGGCCAAAAUUACCUGCAGUGCGAGCACUUGAAUUAUUGGAUUAUGCUUAUGCAGAUCAAGCUGUUAGAAAAUAUGCUGUGCAAUGUUUGCAGGACAUGAGCGAUGAAGAACUUUCUUUAUAUCUUUUGCAAUUAGUGCAAGCCCUGAAACAUGAAGCAUACUUAUACUGUGAUUUAGUGGAAUUUCUUUUAAGAAGAGCACUAUUUAACCAAAUGAUUGGUCAUUAUUUAUUUUGGCAUCUCAGGUCUGAGAUGCGUAUGCCCACUGUAUCAAUAAGAUUUGGAUUGAUUUUGGAAGCUUAUUGCCGGGGAAGUCAGGAGCAUAUACCAAUUUUGCAGAAACAAAUGUUAUGCCUUGAUAAAUUCAAAGGAAUUAGUGAUAUUGCCAAGUUAGGCUCUAAAGAUAAGGCUCGCAUAGCUAUUCAAGAAUAUCUUAAUGCAACACAUGUCUCUGAAGGUGUGAGAAAUGUACUGAGUCCACUAAACCCAAAAUAUCGAUGUAGAAGUGUAAUAUCAAGUAAAUGUCGGGUUAUGGAUUCAAAAAUGCGGCCUCUUUGGUUAGUUUUUGAAAAUUCUGACUGUUAUGGUGACGAAAUAAAUGUGAUACUUAAAUUUGGAGAUGAUCUGCGCCAGGAUAUGUUAACCCUGCAAAUGUUAAGGAUAAUGGAUAAAUUAUGGAAGCAGGAGGGAUAUGAUUUCAGAAUGAAUCCUUACGGGUGUAUCAGUAUGGAUCAUCGAGUUGGCAUGAUAGAAGUUGUUUUGAAUGCUGAAACAAUAGCAAAUAUACAGAAAGAAAAAGGAAUGUUUUCAGCUACAUCCGCAUUUAAGAAAGGAUCUUUACUCGAUUGGCUGAAAGAUCACAAUACAACAGAGGAAUCUUUAAAUAAAGCAAUAGAAGAUUUCACCUUAAGUUGUGCUGGGUACUGUGUUGCAACUUAUGUUUUAGGUGUUGCAGAUAGGCAUUCUGAUAACAUUAUGGUUAAGAAAACUGGACAGCUGUUUCAUAUCGAUUUUGGUCAUAUUCUUGGACACUUCAAGGAAAAAUUUGGAUUUCGGCGCGAAAGAGUGCCUUUUGUUCUCACACAUGAUUUUGUGCAUGUAAUUAAUAAAGGUCAAACAUAUAAAGGCCAAACAAAAGAAGCUUUGGAAUUUCAAAUAUUCCAAAAGCAUUGUGAGACUGCAUUUUUAAUAUUGCGGAGACAUGGUUCGUUAAUAAUUUCAUUGUUCGCAAUGAUGAUAUCUACAGGAUUGCCUGAAUUAUCUUGUGAAAAAGAUUUAAAUUACUUACGAGAUACUUUGGUACUGGAUUUGUCAGAGGCAGAUGCCCAGGCGCAUUUCCGUUCAAAAUUUGAAGAAGCUUUAGGGAAUUCAUGGAAAACGUCUUUGAACUGGGCCACUCACAAUUGGUCAAAAAAUAACAAACAAUAAUAUAUGUAUCAUUAGAAUAUAAUUUUUGUGAUACAAUUUUGUAAAAAAUGUGAUGGAACUGUAUAUAGAAUGUUGAAUGCAAAAGAGGUUUAUGCAUAUCAGAAAGGUUUAAAAUUACAUGUAGUGUUCUAUAAGAACAUUGUGCAUUAGUUAAAAUAGUUUCUCAGGU